UACCUAUAAUAAUUCUCCAAUAUAUUUUUCAAAACAUAAAAUUCAAUAUAUCUAAACUUAACAUUUUAUUAAUCACAACUUCUUAAAGGAAAAAAAGAGAAUAACAGAUAACUGAAAGAAAUAGAUGCUAAAAGAUAAAAUGAAUAUUAAUGGAGUUACGCAGAAAACAACUCGGCUGUAACUUGCGCUUUGAAAGUAGUACUUUACUCUAUCAGGAGAAUUCAGACAAGAAUCAGUAAGCUUCAUGAGUUUCCCGUUAUCGGCACGCGCCACCACUCCACCGCCGCUACCGGCGGCGCCGCCGUCUCUAUCACAAAGAGUCCACAUCCCAUCACACAUAUACAAACACCCAACAGCAAUACUCCUUGAACUCUGUAAUUCCAUGAAAGAGCUUCACCAAAUCCUCCCUCACAUAAUUAAAAACGGUCUCUAUAAAGAACAUCUUUUUGAAACCAAAUUAGUCAGCUUAUUCACUAAAUAUGGCAGCCUUAAUGAUGCCACUAAAGUCUUUGACUUUGCUAAACUUAGAGUUGACCCCAUGUAUCAUACCAUGCUUAAAGGCCAUACCCAUUACUCUUCUUUGGAUUCUUCUUUAGCUUUUUACUCUCGUUUGAGAUAUGAUAAUGUAACACCGGUGAUAUAUAAUUUUAGCUAUUUGUUAAAAGCUUGUGCGGAUAAUAAUGAUGUUGUUAAGGGUAAACAAGUACAUGCACAGUUGAUUCUUCAUGGGUUUGAGGAUAAUUUGUUUGCAAUGACUAGUGUUGUGAAUUUGUAUGCGAAAUGUGGGAUGGUUGGUGAUGCGUGUAAGAUGUUUGAUAGAAUGCCUGAGAGGGAUUUGGUUUGCUGGAAUACGGUUAUUUCUGGAUAUGCACAAAAUGGGAUGGCGAAGAGAGCGUUGGAGUUGGUUUUGAGGAUGCAGGAGGAAGGGUGUAAUAGGCCGGAUUCGGUUACGGUUGUGUCCAUUUUGCCUGCUUGUGCUGCUAUUGGUUCUUUGCGAAUGGGAAAGUCGAUUCAUGGAUAUGUUUUUAGAAAUGGGUUUGAGUCGCUUGUGAAUGUCUCGACUGCUUUGGUUGAUAUGUAUGCUAAAUGUGGGUCAGUGGGUAAUGCCAGGUUGGUUUUUGAUAAGAUGGAUUCUAAGACGGUUGUAUCGCUGAAUGCUAUGAUUGAUGGAUAUGCACGGAAUGGAUAUUAUGAUGAAGCUCUUGUUAUAUUUCAGAGAAUGUUGGAUGAAGGAUUCAAACCGACGAAUGUGACUAUUAUGAGCACUUUACAUGCGUGUGCUGAAUCAAGGAAUCUUGAGCUUGGACAAUUUGUUCACAAAUUAGUGAACCAACUAGGUCUUGGCUCUAAUGUUGCAGUUGGUAACUCAUUGAUUUCAAUGUAUUGCAAGUGCCAAAGAGUGGAUAUUGCAGCUGAAUUGUUUGAAAACUUGAAAGGAAAAACACUAGUGUCAUGGAAUGCUAUGAUAUUGGGCUAUGCACAAAAUGGAUGUGUAAUGGAUGCAUUAACUCAUUUUUGUAAAAUGCAUCUGCAGAACAUCAAACCCGACUCAUUUACAAUGGUGAGUGUUGUUACUGCUCUUGCUGAGUUAUCAGUUCUGCGACAAGCUAAGUGGAUACAUGGAUUUGCUAUAAGAACGUGUUUGAACAGGAAUGUUUUUGUAGCCACUGCACUUGUUGACAUGUAUGCAAAAUGUGGAGCAGUUCACACAGCAAGAAAGCUAUUUGACAUGAUGGAUAAUAGGCAUGUUACAACAUGGAAUGCCAUGAUAGAUGGAUAUGGCACACAUGGCUUUGGAAAGGAAGCUGUUGAAUUGUUUGAGGGGAUGCGGAAGGGGCAUGUAGAGCCUAACGACAUAACAUUUCUCUGUGUCAUCUCAGCUUGCAGCCACUCUGGCUUUGUAGAGAAGGGGCGCAAUUAUUUCACAAUCAUGAAGGAAGAAUACAGCUUGGAGCCUUCAAUGGACCAUUAUGGGGCAAUGGUUGACCUAAUCGGUCGAGCUGGUCGGCUCAGUGAGGCUUGGGACUUCAUUGAUAAUAUGCCUAUCAGACCAGGACUUAACGUCUAUGGUGCAAUGUUGGGAGCUUGCAAGAUUCACAAAAAUGUAGAUCUCGGGGAGAAGGCAGCAGACAAGCUAUUUGAGCUGGAUCCUGAUGAUGGGGGAUAUCAUGUGCUUCUUGCUAAUAUGUAUGCCACGGCUUCAAUGUGGCAUAAAGUUGCUAAAGUCAGAACUAUGAUGGAGAGAAAAGGCAUCCAAAAGACGCCUGGAUGCAGUCUAGUUGAUUUAAGAAAUGAAGUCCACACAUUCUACUCAGGAAGCACUAGCCAUCCCCAGUCUGAGAAGAUCUAUGCUUACCUUGAGAAAUUGCUUGAUAGGAUUAAAGCUGCUGGAUAUAUACCUGAUACAGAUUCAAUUCAUGAUGUGGAAGAUGAUGUUCAGGAGCAAUUGCUAAAGAGCCACAGUGAGAAGCUUGCUAUUUCAUUUGGGCUUUUAAAUACAAGUGCUGGUACAACUAUUCACAUCAGGAAAAAUCUUCGAGUUUGUGGUGACUGCCAUAGUGCGACAAAGUACAUCUCGCUUGUCACAAAACGAGAAAUUAUUGUGCGUGAUAUGCACCGGUUCCAUCAUUUUACGGAUGGAGCCUGUUCAUGUGGAGAUUACUGGUGAUCUGAAUGAUUGAUAACUCUUUCAAGUUGUUAUCUCGUGUUAAAUUUUGUAAAACGUUAUACUAUUAAUCUGAAACAGAAGAUCUACACAGA